CCCGCACGACCGCGCGGCGGCGGCGGCCGGCUUCGGCUUCGCGAUAAUCAACGUCAUGUCCGUCGUCAACCUCGAGCUGCGUGCUGAGGCGCCGAGGGCGCCGCAGCUCACCGUGCAGGUGGGCAUCGACUUUGGUUCCGCCAUCGCGGGCGUGAUCGGGCACAAGACCUACCAGUACGACUUGUGCGGCGACGCCGUCAACACCGCCGCCCGCAUGUGCUCUGGCUCGGAGCCAGGUCGUGUCCACGUGUCGCAGGAGGCGUACCGGUAUCUGCGCGGCCGGUUCGGCGCGACGAGCCGCGGCCCACGCUACUACAAAGGCAAGGGCGAGAUGUACACUUACUUCCUCGAGAACGCGCCUGGGGCCCUGCCGGAGGAGGCCACACCGGCGCCCGCCGACGCGGCCGAGGCGAUCUACUAGCUCGCAAUGA